AGUUGUUAUCACUAACCUUUGUUGGUUGUCAAUGAAUGUCAGCGGUGUGAAUACAUGUCUAUAUAACAAAUAUCGGAGGACAAAGAAUAAUCCUCUGACCAUAUUUGUUUGUGAAUCAAGCAGCCAAUUACAGAAACACAUGCCUAUAACACGUGAGUUUUCCAAAAUAAAUGACGGAAAAUAUAAUGGGCUUAGAGACUAACCUCCUGAAAUUCAAAUGACCAACUAACUAAUUCAUCCAGGGGCAUACAUUAAUCUAAAAACAAAUUAAAAUAAACAGAAUUAGUCUACACAAACAAGGGAAAAAAAGAUAAAAUAACUUACAGGCUAACCUUUUUACUAUGUUCAAAAGUCAUCAAAAUUGGAAGAAUAAAGUUUAUAGAUGAAGAACAAAAUUUUAAAUAUGACAGUGGGGUGCCACCGUACUCCGGUGUCACUAGAACUCCACCGUAUAGCGUAUGUCUAAUAAGCUCAGAAAUUUGAAGUAUUCAAUUAACAACAGAAAAGAGAAAUUGUUAGCACAUAACAUCAAACUAGAGAAAGAAUGUUGAUACUAAACUCACAAGAAUGAUAAUAAACGAAAAGAAGUAACACAAUAAAUAAAUUGAUAAAAAUGCAGCAUAUGUUUAAGACACAGAUUCAAGGUAAAUUGAACUUGCAUUAUCUUCACGCCUGCAAUUAAAAAGAAGGUGCACGCUACAUAUGAAGGUCAAACUUUUGCUAACAGUUAUCACACAAAAAAAAAAAUAGAUUAAUGAAGGGGAAAGCAAUAUCAUAUGACGAUUACAAAUAGAGAAAUCAGUGAAAAAUAAUAACAAGGUUUGAAAGUUGGUAGUCAAACUUUUUAAGUUUCCAAUUAUGGCUAGUAAAAAUAGGGAAAAAAACAUAUAUGGGAUUGAUUCUUAAGAACCAAAAUCAGUCCAAAUUAAAUAGAACUUUUUUGAUAAAAAAAAGACAGAAAGAUAAAACGCAUGCUCUGUAAUGUCCAUGGCCCAAAACCGCAGAACAAGAAAGAGAGUGGGUGUGGGGGAUAAUCAAAAGUCAAGGCUCUAGAACCUCCUUUUUUUUUACCCCAAAUUCCAAAUGUCACAUAUUCCCUUGGGUUGAUUUUCACUGACUUUUGCCUUUCUUCUAACUCAAUCAUUGCAAGAGAUGGAAAAAGAAACUGCUAUAUUUUUCAAGUGCCUUGCUGAACGAACAUGUUAUCAUUCUUAAAAUCCAAAAUUUAAUAGCUGAUAUAAAAGAAAAGGUAAAAAGACAAGAUAAAAUUGGAACGAUUUUACCCGGCUAAAGAAGAGGCAAACUGGUGAAGAGAAUGAAACAGGAAUGAUGGGAUAAGGUGAAGAUAAGAUAGAAAAUGAAUAUCUUGGGCGGUGGUGGGAAGAAGACGGCGCCAAACGGAAAUAUGACUAAAAUAACGGAGCUAAACCGGGUUUAGAAAACCCUCUUGUACAGAAGGAGAGGAUAUUCUGUACUUCAUUAAUGCUGGAUUUUAUUGCCGAGGGUGGAGAUUUUCCCUUCUUAUAUCAAACGGCGAGAUUAGGGGACUUUACUUAUUAUGUCACCGAUCUUUUUCCUGGGGAAUACUAUGUUGACCUUCAUUUUGUAGAGAUUAUAAACAUCAAUGGGCCAAAAGGGAUGAGAGUUUUCAAUGUGUUCCUUCAAGACGAAAAGGUACUUUCAGAUUUCGACAUCUUUUCUGUUGUUGGAUCCAAUAAACCUCUGCAAUUAGUUGACUCUAGGGUUUCUAUCAAAGAUGACAAAUUGCUUGUUAUAAAGUUUGAGGGUGUUAUUGGAACUCCCACAGUUAGUGGCAUUUGUAUUAGGAGAGCUCCAGAUGUUGCAGUCGCAGGCAAUGGGGCAAAACAAGAACAUCUUACUUGUACAAAUUGUGCUGCAGAGAUAAAAUUUCCGUCAGCUCAGAAGAAAGCUAUGCGAUUGCAAUCAACAGCCAAAUUUGAGAAACAGAUAGAAGAUCUUAGUGAACAAUUGCAGCGCAAGACAAAAGAAUGCUACCAAUCCUGGAUAUCUUGGUCUGCAGCUAAUCGAGAGCUCGAGAAGGUUAGGAUGGAACUUGACAAUAAGACAUUUCAGACAUAUUCCUUGGAUAAAACUUUGGAGAAUCAGGCUUUGAAAUUGACUGAGGUGUCAAAUAAGUACGAGCAUGAUAAACAAGUAUGGUGUGUGGCAAUCAAUGAUCUACAACAAAAAGUAAAGAUUAUGAAACAAGAACAUUCUNGAGUGUGUUACUUCAAUCCCUGACUUGAACAAAAUGGUCUUUGCAGUUCAAUCACUUGUUGACCAAUGCGAUGAUCUUAAAUUAAAGUACAAUGAAGAGCAAGCAAAGAGAAGAAAGCUCUUUAAUGAAGUUCAGGAGGCCAAAGGAAAUAUAAGAGUAUUUUGUCGGUGUCGUCCAUUGAGCAAAGCAGAGGUUUCUGCAGGGUGUUCAGUGGUGAUGGACUUUGAAUCAGCUAAGGAUGGAGAACUUGGAAUUAUAAAUGGUGGCUCUACCAAAAAGACCUUUAGGUUCGACCGUGUCUACACGCCAAAAGACGAUCAAGCGGAUGUAUAUGCCGAUGCUUCACCAAUGGUGAUUUCAGUUUUAGAUGGGUACAAUGUUUGCAUUUUUGCUUAUGGGCAAACGGGAACUGGGAAAACAUUCACAAUGGAGGGUAACAAGGAGAACAGAGGAGUCAAUUACCGCACCCUCGAAGAAUUGUUUAAAAUUUCAAAGGAGAGGAGUGAUAUGUUCACCUAUGACAUAUCUGUCAGUGUACUUGAAGUUUAUAACGAGCAGAUUAGGGACCUUUUGUCUACAUCAUCUCCAUCUUCAUCAAAGAAGUUGGAGAUUAAACAAGCUUCUGAAGG